GCACGUUGAAAUCUCGAUCAACUAAUGGCUGACAAUGGAGAUAAGUCUAAUAAUAAAGGGAAACGUGUGCUUUCCCUUUAUGAUCUCAAUUCCAAUGAUAAUCCAGAAAACAUCAUCACUCAAGUUCAAUUGCGAGGCGAGAAUUACGAGGAAUGGGCUCGUGCCAUGCGAACCUCCUUGCGUGCUAGAAGAAAGUGGAGUUUCGUUGAAGGCACGGUUGAACGGCCAAAAGAAGGGACAACAGAACUUGAGGAUUGGUGGACAAUCCAAUCUAUGUUGAUUUCAUGGAUUCUCAAUACCAUAGAGCCAAGCCUGCGAUCUACGAUUUCAUACGCGGAGAAUGUGAAGGACCUGUGGAAUGAUAUCAAGGAAAGAUUCUGAUUGCUAAUGG